CCUGUAUACAAUACCGACCAGAAUUAUAUCACCUUUUUUAAGUAUAACCAGGUUUUUUAAGUAUAACUUUUGUCAAGGUGCAUCGAAUACGCUAAAAAUUUUAUAAUAGACACCUAGUAGCAGGUGCAUGAAGUGUAAUGAGAUUUGACAAAAUACACCAUGAUUUUGUAAUUUUUUAUUAAUUUUCUGAAAAUUGCACAUUUUUGCUAUCUUUGUUUUUCGUGUCACGUUCCCAAGCUGUAAGCGAUGCCAAACGUUUCGCUACAAAGUACUAGAGUUAUACAAUAUGGAUUUGUUGUUUAUUUUUAAAGCAUUUGUAUGUACUUGUUAUGAUGCGAUAAAAAUUUAUUAUUUUAGAGAUUUCAAAUAAAAUGAAAAGUUGUUCCUCCAGUAAGGUAUAUUUGUAUCAAAACAUAUUAUGAUAUGGUAAAAAUCCAUGCCCUUUAAAAGUUAUGCUUAAAAAACCUAAAGGUGAUAUAAUUUUGGCCGGUACUAUAUAUAAUAUUUUUACCGUAGUAGACAAACAUGCAUAUAUGUAUAUAAAGAAGCAAUGCACGGAUUAUAUAAUGUUUGACUGCUGUCAAAGUUUAAUCGCAAUGAUAGUUACUUUCGCAAGACGAAGUAAACGUAGCGAGAGAACCAAUCAACAUCGCGGAAAACUGUCAACAAUAAAAUUAGUUAUAAGGCUUUUUUAAGAGAGGAUUAUUAAUUAUUAAUCGUAUUUCUUACAGAUGUCACUAAUAAAAGGAUUUAAUCAUUUUUUACUCAUACAAAGCGAUCAUGUGAUGAUAGAGAUCAUGCAUUAUCAAUAUGCAGUAUAUAUUAAUAUUUUAUCGGAGACUGUCACAGAUAAGUUUUAAAGUUAUCUAAUGUUGAAUUCAUAUACUGAACAAAGGCGACUUACAUAUGUAUAUGACAUAUCUGAAAUGAAAAAUUUACAAUUCGGACUUUGCGAUAUGUCUACUCAUAGGGCACACAGAGGAAAAAUAAAAACAAUUUUCUUAUAUAAAUUAUAUAAACUCAAGCUUUUGAUUGAAUCUAGUUAGAAUUCGAUCGGUUUAGCCGUUAUUGAAAUGCGAUAAUCGCAAGUCGCGUACUCGCGUGUAAUACUUGGGUAGCCGUAAAUCAAUUUUGCGCUGCGCGUUAACUUGGCGUGAGACACUAUCGCGUCUUUUGAUUAUACCUCCAUUCCGUCAUCAAGCACUAAAGAUGAGAAAAGUUGAAAUGUUUGUAACAUGUAUUUAAUUUAAUUACAUUAAACAAUAAACACAAUUGAAAAUUGUUAAAUUAUUGUUGCUUUUGUUCACUGAUAAUCACGUUGACUUUUCGCAUGGCCCAAUUUUUUGCACAUUUUAUAAUUUUAAGAAGUUAUUCAAAAUAUAGUUUUUUUUAAAUUAAAUGUAUCAGUUUUGUCAUUUGUUAUUGAAGGACGCAAUACUAAAUUUCUUAUUGAGGGUAGCGAUGGUAAAUAUGCAUAUGUGUAUACAUGUACAUAAAAAAAGUCAAAUUAUAUAACGUGAACUUUAUUGCACAAAUGUCGUUAAAAUUCUAUUUUAUUGUACUGAGAAAAACUUACAAAAAAAUUACCGUGCUUAAAACUAUAAAAUCGAAUGCAAUGUCUUUUUUAGUGUAAAUUUAUAAAAAAAUAAAAAAAUUUUUUGUUUAUUGUACGUAAAAAUGUCUGUCAUUAUUUCUAGAGUUCAAAUGUUUAUGAUCCGAGCAUGACCUCGUAAAAAAUCGCAUGUGCGAGUGAGUUGGGUACUAAAGUGAAAUAAAAACAUUUCUCAAAACGAUCAGACGUUCGUCGACUGCCAUUGUAAUCUAUUCGCAAAUGAGAUGAGAAAUAAGAUAAAUGAGUCAAAUGUUUCUGAAAAGCAUGUUUGUGCAUAAUCCAGCAGUCAGCCGUUAUGAAGUGGCGUUAAUACGAAAAUACACAAUAGUCAACGUUUUUUAUAAGGAUAUUUUAUUACAAAAAGAUGAAAGUAACGAUUUCGACGAUGCUAAUUCGGAUGUCGAUGAAGAUGAUUAUAUGUUCGAAGAAUCGUACGUAAGCGAUUCGGAGCAAUUUGAAGAUACCGAUGACGAAAUGGGCAGUGAUUUUGAAAAUGCAACGUUGGAUCAGCGCAUUCUAACAUUGCGUGUACGCGGAGCAAGUAAAAACAGUCGACACGUCUUAAAGAACACAAGCAUUCUGUAUCGUCGAAACCUUCCGUUAAGGAGAAGUCUCGGGAUUUCGUUUUCGGGUGAUGGUAAAUAAACACACUGAAAAAAAAACUUGGUUAUAAUAAUCCAGCCUGGUUCAAAUUACCCAAAACCUUAGUGAAAUAGUUUCAAUUAAACGUAAGGUAAUUAUAACAAAAUAAUGGUCUUAUAAUGAAAUGUUUUUAAUUAUUACCAAACGUUUUGUUAUUAUUAUUACAUUUGUUUAUAACAAUCAAAUAUUUUAACAAUAUCAUUACUAAAUGCAUUUUACAGAUUUACCAAGAAUUUUUUUUUUUUAGUGCAAUGCGUGUAGUUUGGAGGUCAUGGAUAAACAUUUAUUACUCGAAGGGGAAAAGCUUUGUCACGAUAAAAACCUCUUUAAUUGUUGUAUAAUGAGAUUGUUUUGAUUAUUGUACAAAUAUGAAUAUAAUGAAUCGUGUGAUCGGAUUGGACCACGUGUGGUGUGGUAAUGAGAUCCCGCGCACGCUUGUGUUACGUCCAGCCUUAUAGGAUUUUACUCUUUAUUCGGUAGGAAGGAUAUUUUGGGAAGAAUGGUUAAGGCAGGGAA